AUGUCGUCUCCGAAGAUUCAUGCCAAAGGUUCUUCCUCUUCGCAGCCUCCUUCCUUCAUCACUGAAGAUGAUGUUGAUCAACAUGCAAUCGAGAUUCAUAGUAAGCUUCAUUCGUAUACUCAAAGGAACUUGGAUGAGAAUGUUCUCCAUAUGUUUAAGAACACUCUUGUUCUGGGUCCCCACUAG